AUGAACAAAAAUCUUUGCCAACAAGUUCCGUUUUGUCAAAAAAGGCUCCUUUCCGCCGUAGUUUUUGAACUACAAAUGUCGAUGGUGGAUGAACCUUUGUACCCCAUAGCAAUACUGAUAGACGAGCUGAAGAAUGAUGACAUCCAAUUGCGCUUGAAUUCCAUUAGAAGGCUAUCUACAAUUGCUCGUGCUCUAGGAGAAGAUCGGACACGAAAGGAGUUGAUUCCUUUCUUAAGUGAAAACAAUGAUGAUGAUGAUGAGGUUCUUCUAGCCAUGGCAGAGGAGUUGGGUGUGUUUAUCCCUUAUGUUGGUGGAAUAGAGCAUGCCCCUGUGUUGCUUCCCCCUCUUGAAACCCUAUGUACUGUCGAAGAGACAUGUGUGAGGGACAAAGCUGUUGAGUCACUUUGCAGGAUUGGAUCACAAAUGAGAGAGUCUGAUUUGGUUGAUUUCUUUGUACCUCUUGUUAAGAGGUUGGCAGCUGGUGAAUGGUUUACUGCUAGAGUUUCUGCAUGUGGGCUGUUUCACAUUGCUUAUCCUAGUGCCUCUGAGGCAUUGAAGACAGAAUUGAGAUCAGUUUUUAAUCAGUUAUGUCAAGAUGACAUGCCCAUGGUUAGAAGAGCAGCUGCAACAAAUUUGGGAAAAUUUUCUGCUACUGUGGAACCUUCACAUCUCAAGACUCACAUCAUGGAGAUCUUUCAGGAUCUUACAAAAGAUGAUCAAGAUUCUGUUCGUUUACUAGCUGUUGAGGGUUGUGCUGCUCUUGGGAAGUUGCUUCAACCCCAAGACUGUGUUGCACAUAUUCUUCCUGUCAUUGUUAAUUUUUCUCAGGACAAGUCUUGGCGUGUUCGUUAUAUGGUUGCUAAUCAAUUGUAUGAACUAUGUGAAGCAGUGGGCCCUGAACCCACCAAGAGUGAGUUAGUUCCAGCAUACGUGAGGCUACUUCGUGAUAAUGAAGCUGAAGUACGCAUUGCAGCUGCUGGAAAAGUCACUAAAUUUAGUCGUAUUCUUACCCCACAACUUGCAAUUCAACAUAUUCUUCCAUGUGUAAAGGAAUUGUCAUCGGAUUCUUCUCAGCAUGUUAGAUCUGCUUUGGCUUCUGUUAUAAUGGGCAUGGCUCCUGUUUUAGGAAAGGAAGCAACAAUUGAACAACUUCUUCCUAUUUUUCUUUCACUUCUAAAAGACGAGUUUCCAGACGUACGUCUCAAUAUUAUCAGCAAGCUAGAUCAAGUAAAUCAGGUCAUCGGGAUCGAUCUUUUAUCUCAAUCUUUACUUCCAGCAAUUGUUGAGCUGGCAGAAGAUAGACAUUGGAGGGUUCGUUUGGCAAUUAUAGAAUACAUUCCACUAUUGGCUAGUCAAUUAGGUGUAGCCUUUUUUGAUGAUAAACUUGGUUCUCUUUGCAUGCAAUGGUUACAAGACAAGGUUUACUCCAUUAGAGAUGCUGCUGCUAAUAACUUAAAGCGAUUAGCAGAGGAAUUCGGUCCAGAUUGGUCAAUGCAACAUAUUGUCCCACAGGUGUUGGAGAUGAUUAAUAAUCCGCAUUAUUUAUAUAGAAUGACAGUUGUGCGUGCAAUUUCUCUACUUGCUCCAGUUAUGGGCUCAGAAAUUACUUGUUCUAAACUUCUUCCAGCACUUAUUACCUUAUCCAAAGACAGAGUGCCGAAUAUCAAGUUUAAUGUCGCAAAGGUCUUGCAGUUGUUAAUUCCUAUAGUCGACCAUUCAGUGGUGGAGAAAAGUAUUAGGCCGUGUUUGGUUGAGCUGGCGGAAGACCCAGAUGUUGAUGUCCGUUUUUUUGCAAAUCAAGCUCUUCAGUCUCUGAUGUCUAGCUAAAGAAACAGGCGGCAACAGCAACACCGCUAGGUAUGAACACUCCGGUGCCACCGCCACCAUUAGCCCACAAACUUUCCAUCCAACCAGGGACCGGACUUCUCACACUCUCCGACCAACUAUAGUAGUUCCUAGCCACCGGUCUUGAUCCAACACCACCAUGAACCACCGGUCUCCGCCGUGGCUCCACCGUAUACCGAUCAUCAUCUUCAUCUGUAAGCAUCAGUAUCUGUCGAGUGAGUUCUUGAUAAAGUGCGGUGUCUUCUGCAUCAGCCGAACUUGAAGAAUCCGAAUAUGAAUCCAUUUGUGUGUGACAAAAAAAAGAUGUGUAAAAGUUUUGAGUGUGGUGUAAAUGGUUUUAGAGGGGGUGUAUAUAUAGUCAAAGUAAAUGGGAAUAAAUGAAUAAUUGGUUUGGAUAUGAUAUGGUCAACGUGAGUGGUUUCAUGGAAGGUAGAUGUGGGUGAACGUUAAGUUUCCAAGUGGGGUCAUUCGUUACUUAACGAUAUCAAAGUUGGUUGAACCAAAUAACAAGUCCACAAUACUUGGGCACGACCUAGACAAUGCCACUUGUAUCACGAUAUAAUGUUUUGAAUUAUAAAAUAAAGUCAACAAUCUAUACAUCCAAUCCAAAUAAAUAAUAUAUACUAUUGUAGAAUGAGUUUGAAGGGUAUAAGGACGGUUUUUUUCUAUAGGUAGAAUGAGUAUAUUUUUGGUAGAGAUUUAGAGAAAAAAUUAAAUUCCAAACGUAGCAAUAAAUUAAUUGAGAAAAUAGCAUGUUACUUGCGGAGUCACAUUGAAGUUUUGUUUGGGAAACUAGUUUUUACCAAUAAACUAGUUUAAGCUAAGCUUAUCAAUAAACUAGUUUAUAUGAGCAUUUUCAAUGGGUUUUCCUAUAGAUUUUUUUAACCGGCAAAUUAACCUACUUCUAAAUAUCAUUUAUAUCUUCUAGUGAG